UGGCUGACACCGGUGUAAACAUGGCAAGUGCCACGACUACGAUGGAAGCAAAUGACGAGACUACAAAAGAGCCGCAGGCCCCGAAGCCCGUGGUCGCGGACAUCGAGUUCCAGGCGUCGCAGGUGAUCGAGCGCCUGGAGGAGGCGGUGGAGAAGGGGGUGGACGGGGGCGGGGGCCCGCACGCGGGGCAGACCUGGAAGAACUCCCACGGCUUCCUGCCCCUGCCGUCGAGGCCCCCGGAGUACAUCCUCUCCCAGCUGCAGGACCUGAUAGCCCACGAGGACGCGGGCGGCCGCGAGGACUCGUCGGACGAGGAAGGCAGCCCCGGGAGGGGGGCGACGGCCGCCCUGCCCCGGCUGGACCCGGCCGCACGCCUGGCCGUGGUCUCGCACAGCGUGGCCGCGCUCGCCGCCGGCCUGGGGCGCGCGCACCUUCGCCGCCUGGGUUCGCGCGUCGCCUCCGACGCCGCCCGCUGGCUGGGACACCUGUUCAGGUUCCUGGACUGCGCUGUGUUCUUCCACGACGACGUGCUGGAGGGCGCGGUGCGCGUCGCGCGCAUGAUGCUGCACUACAAGUACCCCGGGUACCCGGAGGACGGCUUCGAGGCGCUGGCGGCGCGCCCGCCCGCCAUCUACAGCAGCACAGCGUCCCCGCUGGGCGCGCUGCAGCACGUCUGUCGCCAGCUGGGGCUGCCGACCUCGUGCCUGCGGCCGGUGCCGUGCAACACGCUGUUCGGGUCGCAGCAGAGGAUGGACGUGGCCGCGCUGGAGCGGCUCAUGGAGGAAGACGCGCAGGGCGGCCGUGUGCCGCUCGUCGUGCUGGCCGACGCAGGCACGCCGGUGGCCGGCCACACGGACAGCCUGCCGCGCCUGCAGGAGCUGUGCCGGCAGCACGACGCCUGGCUGCACCUGCGCGGGCACAGCCUCGCCGCGCUGGCCCUGGUGUCUGCCCCCGGCGUGGUGAGCGGCCCGGCAGAACCGGCGAGGAUCGCGGACAGCCUGACGCUGCCCCUGGGCGUGUGGCUGGGGAUACCCGCCCUGCCCGUCGUCACGCUGUACCGCCUGUUCGAGACGGCGGCGGCGCGCCAGGCGCGGCCCGUGUCGGCGGUGGGCGCGGCGCGGGAGAGCACGCUCCCCUUGGUGGCCGGCCUGCUGCCGGACCACGGGGCGCGCAAGCUGGCCAGCCUGCCGCUGUGGGCUGCGCUGCAGGCGCUGGGACGGGACGGGGUGCAGGCGAAGAUACGGCAGGCGUUCGAGUCGAGCGAGCACGUGUGGAAGAGGCUGGCCAAGUACCCGUGCCUCCGUCUGCUGAGCCAGCAGCCGGGCGGGGACUCCGGGACCUUCACCGUCAGCGAGCUGGUGGCCAAGCCGACCAGCACGGUGGUGCUGUUUGAGGCGGUGGCCUGCACGGUCGUGUUCCAGUUCGUCCCGGACUGCGGGGAGGGGGAAUCCCUCGGCCGCGUCCCCUCGUACUUCGACAAGCUCAACUCGUGGCUGGGGCAGAUCCUGCAGCGGGACGCCCCGCAGGUGCCCCUGGUGAUCUGCGAGCUGGAGACGAGCGGCGUGGUGCUGCGCUACUGCCCCUUGGAGGCGGGCGGGGAGCGCCUGCCCGGCCCGGAGGAGCUGGACGCCUUCGCGGCCUGCCUGGAGCAGCAGCUGGACAUCCUGACGGCCACGGUGCGGCACAAGGAGACCUUCCAGCGCCUGGUGGCGGCGUCCCCGCGGCUGCGCCUGGUGGAGAUGCCCGGCUGGGCGGGGCUCGGCGGGGUGCGGUACGUGCCCGAGGGCUGGGGGGACAGCGCCACGGACCACGCCAAGCAGGAGCUGAACCGGCUCAACGCGCAGCUGGUCGAGCAGCUGCGCAGCACGGACCAGGCCUUCUCGCUCGGCGAGGGGGCGGACACCCUGGUGUGCGUGCGGUUCGGCAUGGUGACCGCCGACACGGACGUGGAGGAGCUGCUGGGGCUGGUGGUCAGCGUCGGCCGGGACCUGGUGGAGUCCUCGCGCUUCCUCGAGACCAUGACCGAGAUCGUCAAGAAAGGCAUCGAGACGGCCACGCUGGACCUGCAGAAGGAGAACGAGGAGCGGCUGUGGCAGGAGGGCAUCCUGCGCCACGUCCCGGUGUUCGGCUCGCUCGUCAACUGGUGGUCCCCGCCCAGCCGCGAGGGAGGCGUCAAGGGCCGCAGCCUCAACCUCAACGCAGGCGUGGUGGAGAGCACGGAGAACAUCUACCGCUACCACAUGCAGCUGCAGCAGGGGACGGGUCCCGCCCCGGGGGCCCGGGGCCCACCGCUGCCCCAGGUGCAGACCCCGGUGGCGCCCCAGCACUCGCGUUCCUCGUCGCACAGCUCCCAGCAGUCCCAGGGCCCCGACCCCACCGCUGCGCCCGCCCCCGCCCCCUCCCCCUCCUAGUUCCACCCCCUGCCCCGGGCUCGAGAGCGAGAGACAAGGGCCUCCGCGAGGGUGCAGCGUCGUCUUCCCACCUCGUCCCUGUGUCUGGACGUGCACGGUGAGGGCCAGUUGCCAAGUAGCUCUACAGCUCUACAGGUUCUCACGCGUGCCAUUUUCUUCCCCCAGAAUGCACACCUGCACAACUGCCCGACUAGGCGGGAAAUUCUAGCCCAUUCGGAAUUUAUAAAAAUGUGUUUUUAUGAGAGUUAAUUUUCAUUUUUUAACACAGGCGCGGAGUGAAUAGUCCAAAGGAUUGUUUUCAAGUUGACGGCUGAAAUCUUUUUGAGUUCAGACAAUUGAUUAUGUUCGGAGGAUGACUACGGGUGUACUGAACUGCAGUCGCUGUUUUUAAGGUGGGUGGCAAAAUUUAUUUAUUCCUUUUUUUUUUACGUAAAUAAUAAUUAGUACUAAAAGCAUUAAUAUUAUUGGUAUGUUCAGAAAUGGGACUGUCUCUCGCCCUCGAAUGCUUGCUGGUGGAAGGCGGCCUUGUAGGUUUCUCCGAGAGUUGUUGGUCAAUAUUUUUUGGUGCUGCGUUAGUGUGGCGCGUUUCGGAAGAAGUGGACAUUUUUUUUUUCAUGAACUUUUAUCAGCUCUCUGCACAAUUGCAUUUUGUGGGAAUUUUUGUUUGUGUAUUUGCGGACCGAUUGCUGGAGUUAAGGCAGAUUUGGUGUUAGUACUUGGUAGCGAACUUACUGACCGAGCAAUAGCACUGUUAGAUCCUUCACCAUUUGCUGUUGUGUUUGAGUUUUUUUUUUUUCCGUUACAACUUCGCUUGACUAGACACUUUGUGACGGAUUGUAGGCAAUAAAAAAGUAACACUUUAGCGGCGAAGAUGUCGCAGUUAACCCAAACUGUAAAUGAGGGGACAAACUCACUCGCCUGCUUCUUUUCUAUUUGUUGAUUUGCAUUCCAACUCCAGCGUACCUAACACAAAACUGUGCACAAAUGUGUCUGCAUCGUAAAGGACCUAGCAUAGUUGUUUUAGAUUGUGUUGAAAAUAAAUAAUUUAUUAAUUUGUUAUUCAGGAAAGUUUAUUUAUUUACCUAUAGAGUGUAUUUAAUGCGUAGUUUAUAGUAUGACAAAUUAGAAAGAAAAGAAUUUUUUUUUUCCAUGUUACAGAAGAUUCUGUAUUUUAAUUUAGUUUGCCAAAUGACUUGAUUUGCAUGUAUGCGUUUUUUUUUUUUUUGUAUGCUUGAGAUGAAGUUGUAAAUUGAUAGUGUGGCGCUACAGUUUUGCAAGUGAAGAAAGUUCAGAAUACACACACACACACAUGCGCGAGCUACAAAACAACACACGUAUACUAUGAAACUAUAUGAAAUGCAUGUUCAGUGCUUCCAAGACUUGUGCUUAAAUAUUUGCCCAGUUUUUUAAAAUUUAUUAUAUGUAUAUGUUCAGCUCCGUAUACUGAAUUAAGGAAAUAAGGUUCGAUACACAUGCGCUACACACUGCCCUUUGGACACAGAGGAUUGUUGCUGUCUGCUUUAUAUCUUGUGCAAAGAAUAGUAUGCAUUACUUAUUAUACUACAGUCUAGUCCACAAAUGAGUGCACAUAUUUUCUGAAAGGUUCCUUUAUCAUUAUCAUCUUUUUAGUUUGGCAGCUGUAUAUCUUCCAUCAGUUCUGAAAGGAAAAAAAAAUUGUAAAUGGAAAAUUAAAUACAUACGUUAUAAUGAUAUUGUGUGUAUGGCUUGACAGCAUAAUGCCUCACAUUAAUAUUGUCAAAUAUGCAAUCGUUUGUGGACUAGAUGACAAUCAAGGUUUUAUCCAAUUUUUUCAAAGGUUGUUCACAUUCUGGAAAGUCGGGGAAUUUACUUCAAAACCUGGAAAAGCCGUGAAAAUUCCUCUGUGAUAGUAAUUUGAGGAGGAAAUGUCAUGCUAGGUGUGCCUUCAACCAGAAUUUGGACUUUUUUUUUUACAGGUGGUGUUUUAGUGUUUAGUCACACAUAUUGUAAAAAUUUUGAACUAUGCCAGCUACAGGGAUGGCAGAGGCUGGAUUGUUUUUAUUUCUUUAAAAAAAUUGUGAAAUAGGUAAGUAAUUUUUAAAAUUUGUCAGGGAAAUUUGUAAUUUUGGUCACAGAAUGUCGUGGAAAAGUCAGGGAAAUUUUUCUACAAAUUUGUCGGAUACCCUGUUGCAUUAGAAUCUGUUUUCUCUUUGCUACUUUCAUCUGUACAAAUAUUUAUAGUGGGCAUAAUUUUCUUUGCCUUUUGAUUAGCUGUAAGUUAAGUUUCUUGGGAAUUGUUUGGAAAUUUAAAUUAUAGGCAAAAAUUGGAAAGUGAAAAAAGUAUAAGAAGGAAUACGUAAUUCCUCUCGACCUCGUAAAAUGAGAAUUUUGAGAAAAGAGUGGAUUUUCAAGGUCAUGCCUCCUCUACCUUUUCUUGCUGCGAGAGGGGAGAAGUGUACACAAGAGAAGCCCUGACUUCAACUGUUUAGCACCAACUUAUCUUUGCUCGCAGAACUGCAGGCUGAUAGGGAUGUGUACCAGGUUUCUGCGAAACCUGUUCUUAUUUUUGUUUCCCCAUUAUAAUCAAAUUUUGAAUCAAAUAUAAAAGUAUUUAUGAAUGUUGAAUAUUUUUCUAAUUGAAUUUUUUUUCCCCCUUUAAAAUGUCACAAGAGUCCAACAUAAAUUAAUGCAAUAAUGAAAACCAUGUGCAGUAAAAUUAAAAGAGAAAAAACUGAUUCAUUGCUUUGGUGGAAAAAACUUGAGAAGUUUUAUUCUUCCAAAUUAAUGGUAGUAUGUCUUUUUUUUUUCUAGUAAUUUCUAAAACCUUUGCUUUAUUAUUCUAUGUUAAUUCCUUGUAAGUAGAAAUUAAUUUUCAGGCACGGGUGUAUCCAGUCCUAAAAAUUGUAUUUAACAAUCACAUAAAAAUAAAAUACAAUUGGUGUGGUAUAAAAUGGCAUGCAAGUUUUAACUUUAUUUUAAUUUUAUUUAGAAAUUAUAAAAAAAAAAAUUGUGAUUAAAUUUUGUGAUAGUUUUGUUACUACAAACCUCGUUAUUGAAAAGUGACAAAAUUAUGGACCCUUGAAGUUUGUGUUAAUGAGGUUUGACUGUAGGCUCUAUGUUUGACUAUGAAGGUAGUGUAACGGACAUAAUUGAGCAUGUGACGUACUCUGUGUGGAUUUCCUCAGCAAUGCGAAUAGAAAAUGGGCCUAGUGCGAUCUAUGAUAUCUAGGUACAUGUGCACUCUCUUUACUCCAAGAUGCUAGUUAAAGUGAUAGUGGUAUUGAUUGAUAGGUGUAUCUUUCAUAUUUGUUGAUUUGAAUUUUUUUAAUUGUAUAUUUUUGUCCAAUUUGUAUUUUUCAUAUCUAUUACGGUACAUGACAUCUAACUUUUUUUUUUUUAAUCUGCCUUUUGGAAGAUGCUGUAAGUUUCAGUGUAAUAAGACAUUCAGAAUGUCCUGAACUUGUUAGUUUUCUGUGGAAAGACACUGAAAAUGUUUUUAAGUCUAACUGGGUGAUUACAUUUUUAUUUAUCGUUAAAAAUGUUUUUUAUUAUUAUUAUUAUUUUUAAAUACUAAAGUGAUGAGCACAUGGCAGUAAGUAACCAUUGAUACAAAAUGCUGCCAGCAUUGUGAACUUGUUCGACCGCUAUGUUGUUUGUUUUUCACGGCUUUUCCGACUUCAGUUUCGCGGAAUAGUUUUUCAUGUUGCUUUCUUUCUUCGCGUUGAAUUGAUACCAAAGAUGCCUAAAAGAUAUAUGUACAUGUGCAUUUCAGGAAUAAGAAGAUUGUACAUAGUGUAAAAAUUUAAUGGACACUUAAUGUAUAAAAAAUAUAUUUAAUGGUACUCACUCCAUUUUAGUGUAUUCUUUUCCUUUAUUUUCACCUGUGGAUGUUAUGUUAAUGUGUUAGUGUGUAUUAAUAAAAAAUCUUUACAAGAA